UCACAUGAUUUCUCAAUUUACAGUAUGUUUACCAAUCGGCUGUGCAGCCAGACUUAUUGUCCAUUACUUUUUGCCGCAUCCCUCUCAAUCAUCACAUUUUUCAAUUAAUCUUCAAUCCACAUGGAUUUAACAGUUUUUACAGUCAUUUUCUUAAUGGGUGCAUUAUUAGUAACUGGAAUAAGCAAUUUCAUAAAGGGGUCAAGUGCAGCAUCUGGUUGCUCCUCAUUACACACCACAGGUGUCAUCACAUGGUGCUGAUUAGAAUCACUGGCGCUUUCCACCCAGCAUGGUGCUGAAAUAUCUAAAACAGUGGUGUGCUGUCUGAUCACAAUAAAGAAAUUGAGACUCUUGAUUAAUUCACACAAAUGACAAGAUGUAUCUAUAAAACGACGAAUAUGCCUAUUGUUUUGGCUUGUGCAAAUAGGCCAGGCUAUGCAAAUAGUCAUUUGGCAGGAGGAUAGAUUAGGUGUUAUACAAGGGUUCAUUCGUUUAAGCAUGCAACAGAUCUAAACCGGUUUAUUAAACCUGCAUAAUCUGAUGUAGCCUAAUCUGGCACUAUUUCCAGGUUGUGCCAGUGCUCCAGUUGAGCCCCAGACUUGUGAUCCGAACAGCUCUACCGGGGUAGCGACUGUAAUCUAGAUUCUGGUUCAUGCCGAAUUGAAGCAGCGGGAGAACCGUGAAUGAAUGCUGCUCUGUCCUAUCCGCUUUGAGAGAGAGAGCGGGCUCGAGCUGCGGCUUCCUCUUCACCCACUCAGCUAGGAAACCGCACCGGAAUUACCUCAUCAAAUUACCCUCACAUCGUAGACCUAUUAUCGUAUUCUAGCACUAUUUCGGGAUUUGAUGCAGACAAAACCACGCAGAAUGGAGGGAAUGGAGCUCCCUGCGUCUGUGUAAACCCGGUGGAGAGGCGUUGGAAAUCCUCUGAUCACAUCAGAAGUUAUUUUGAGCAGCCUAGGCCUUAAAGCAUGUAGGCUAAACAAGCGAGGAUGACAUGGCAGAGCCGCGGAGAGUAGCUGGAACAGAAAGAAUCGGCGCGCAGGAAUAUGAAGCUGUUUCUCUAUAUGAGGAAUACGAGUGUAAAAUAUGCUACAAUUACUUCGACCUGGACCGGCGGACCCCCAAAAUCCUGGAAUGUUUCCACACUUUCUGCGAGGAGUGUCUGAAUACUCUCCACCUCCGUGAGGACCGAGGAUGGCGCAUCGGCUGCCCUCUCUGUCGCCAACGGACUCCGGUGCCAGAGUACCGGAUACACAACCUCCCCAACAACAUUACAGUCACCGACGCUUAUCCGUUCUACAUCCAGGAUGACAGUCUGCCGCAGGACAGCCUGCCACCGUAUCCACCUCCUCUGCACCCAGCGCUCACGGCCGCGUACCGCCGCGAGGAGGCGAACGUGGCAGCGGCAGCUGCGCAGGACCAGGCUAUCCCGUAUGUAGCUGUGGUUAGAGAUAAUGCCGCUGCCGCGAACUCUUACGACAGGGCGGGAUACGAGAGCUGUCAGAACUGCAGGCACAUCGCACUGACCACAGGCUGUGUGUGCGCCAUUUUCGCCUUCGUUUCCAUGUUUGUGCUGCUGUUUCUGGGACUCAUAUUCGUACAUAACUUCAACAACCCUCCGUCUCCAGUCGGCCCUAUCUGUCUGUCUGUAGCCAGCACCAUGGCCAUGUUCUCUGUUGUUAUCACGUGGUUGGUGUGCUGGCUGAGAUACAGACCUGACCCGGAACCCGAACAUUCUGCCUCGUCCAAUCCCAGCAGGAGACAUUUAAAUGUUUUAUGAGAUUACCUUUCAAUGUAUUCACUUCAAUGUAUUAUUGGACCAAUUAAAUAACAUGUUGUAUGUCUGCCCUAUUUAGUGUUGCAUCACAUUAGCUACGUUUACAUAGGCAGCCAAUUCUGAUCUUUUGCCCAAUUAUUGGCUUUUUGACCAAUCAGAUGCAAAAGAUCAGAAUUGGGCUGCCUGUGUAAAUGUAGGCAUUGUGUUCCUCCUCUGCCUCUGGUGGGCCUGUCAUAUCACUCUGAAUGUAGGCUAUGUCAUCAUGACUCAUAUUCAGAUUGUGUGUUCUUCUGGUUGCCCAAUUCUGAUAUUUUUUCAGAUAAUUGGUCUUUUGACCAAUCACAUCAGAUCUUUUUACAUCAGAUCUUUUUCA